UUUUUAAAAAACUGUAUACAAAAUUUUGGUAUAAUUCACAUAUCGUAUUCAAAAACAUAUAAAUUUGUGAAUCAUUAAUACUUUAAAUUGCGAAGUCUUCAAACCUAUCACAAUCAAUUUCUACUAAAAAAUGGAUAUGGAUGACAUAAAAAUUCCAUGCACCUCAACAAAUGUUAUUGUGAAAAAAAAUGGAAUGUGUUUUGAUAUCAAAUUUUCAUCUACGUCGGUGAAUCCAUUUAAAAAAUUAAUCACUCCUAAAGAAUUCAAUUUAAGCGAUCAAAAACAGAAUUCUGAUUCUACAGACUCUGCAAAACUAUCACAAACCAUACCUUAUAAAGAACAUAUUGGUUCUCCAUACUUGAGUGAAAAUGAAACUCAAAAAACUGAUAAAUGGACGAAUACGUCAAAAGGUAUUACGUUCUCAGCUCAAAUACCUGAUCAGAAAAUGAGGUCAAUAAUAAAGAAAAAACCUACCCUAGAACAAAUUAGACAAAAACUAUUUGAAGCAGCACAAAGACGCCUGUGUCAGAACCGUUAUAAAAACUGUAAUGUGUUACUUAAGGUUAGUAAGGUAAAGCAGAAUCGGCUUAAGUUAUUCACAAGCUAUAGAGAACUUGUGAAAAUGAGAUUGAGUUCAAGGAUGAAACAGUGUGAUGAUCGUCGAACCAAAAAAAUUCUAAGUAUACAACGCAAAGCUCAGAAUGAAUCAAUUAAAUUAAAAGACGCCGCCCACAAAGUCAACAUAACCAGACAGAAAAUAUUGAGAGACUGCUUUUCAAAGCUAAAACAAAUGGAAAAUGUUACGAAAUUAAAGGACCCUCCAUAUCAAGACAGUCAAGUGCUGGCCACUAAUCAACUUAAGGUUGACGACAUUGAAAAUAAGAAUAAAAAAACAGUGAUAGCAGAAGAAGUUAACUUUGAAGAAGUUAGAAAUGAGCAAGGAUUACUGGAAGAAGUAGUUAGUGAACACCUAUGUCCAACAGACAGUAAAGUUCAGAAUGAAUUACUGGAAGAAGUAGUAAGUCAAAGCCUGUGUUCAGUAGAAGAAGAAGUUAAAGGUGACGAAAAAUUAUUGAUAAAAGUAGUUAAUGGGCAGCUGUGUCCAACAAACAACAAAUCUGACAAAGAUAAUGGUGAAAAAGAAAUACUGGGAGAAAUAGGUAAUGAACGUCUGUGUCCAGCACCUUGCCAUUCUCACAAAAAUGAUGGUGAUAAUGAAACAGAAGAAGAUAAUAAAUGCAAUAAGGACUGUAAAAAUGAAAUUGAAGUUAUUGAAAACGCAGUUCAAAAACAUGCAGAGAGAAUAGAAUUGGAAUUUAUAGAUACGAGCGAAUAUAAUGUACCUAAUCUUAGUUCUGAAGAACUCAGGAAUGAAGUAAAAUCAACUUUCGAAAAAGUUACCCUACGCUAUGAACAGUGUAAAGAAAUGCUACAGCGGAUGAAUGAAGUAAUGAAGCCAUUGCGACAAGAUAUGGAAAUAAAACCGGCCCUGAUUGCAACAAAUGCCCAAUGUAAUAAACAAUCGAAAGAUGUGAAAUUACCUAAGCAGCAAAAAGCAACAAAAAAGCUCACACCACAAGUUAAGAAGGAUGGUAUUUCAGGAAAACGUUUAGUAGUUAUGAAGGAUAGGCCCUGCUGCUCCACUUUAGAACAAAAUGAAGGAGUUAAAGAUGUAUCAAAGCCGAAACCAAAAACUAAACUUCACAUGUCACAAAAACCGAAAAUACCUUGGCGGUAUUAACUGACCAUAAUUGUGGUUACUUCAGAUAAAUCAUUAUUAUUUAAAAUUGGAACAAUUUCGGUCAAUUACUUUAAUUGACACAAAUAUCAAAUAAAAUUUCGAAAAU